AUGGAUCAACCUCAGCAUGAAGGAUCCACUAAUACUCCUGCAAACCCUACACCUAAACCAGUAAGUUUGUCCUGGGAACCUUCUGCUGUGCCAAAAAUGGAAACACAGGUGCCGAAUGUCUCGGAGCAAGCAUCUGAGCUGACAUACGCUAUACAUCAAAUGUUAAAAGACUCAAAAUUACACCAGCUAUCCCUUGUGGAGGCCUUGCAAUUGCCAAAGAACGAGUUGCCAGUGUUUGAUGGCGAUCCGUUAAAGUACUGGUCAUUUAUCAGAGCUUUCGACAAUACUGUUGAUAAAAAAACCACAGAUGAUGGAGCGAAGCUUAUGAGUCGGAUCCAAUUUUGCACCGGAAAAGCCAAGAAAUUACUCCAAUGCUGCCUGAUUAAGGAACCAAGUGACGGUUACCUUUUAGCUAAGAAAUUGCUAAAAGAAAGAUUCGGCAACAAUGAUACAAUUGCACAGGCAUGGAUUGAUAAAAUUGUCAAACAACCAGAUGUAAAGAGUUCUCUUGAUUUGCAAGAUUUUGCUGAUGAGUUGAGAGGUUGUCAGGAAACCCUAGAGUCUAUGGGUUUUCUAAGCGAAAUGGAGAAUCGUAGAAGUCUUUGUCAAAUUGCUGAGAAAUUACCAAAUUAUUUGAAAACUCGGUGGUUGAAAAAGAAUCAUAAUAUCAAGUUUGAGAAAAAUCGAAAUCCAAGAUUGGAUGACUUGAUUCUGUUCAUCACUUCAGCCGCCCGUGAAGCAAAUGAUCCCAUAUUUGGGAAAUUGAUCCAGAAAGAGAAACACACCAUCACACAUGACCAUGACCAAAGGGAAGCUUUACUGCUAGCCUAUGUUCGAUCAAAGGCGUUAUGUGUUAAUUGCUUUAAACCUGGACACUAUGGGAAGGAUUGCACACGCCCGUUUACUUGUACCAUUGAUGGCUGUGGUCAAAAACAUAGCAAAUUCCUACAUAUUCCACGACAUCAAGAAGAUGAUCGUGGUAAUCCUAUCACAACAUCUACUGUACCUCAGACGUCGCAACAAAAAUUACCACCAGUGUUCGUACCAAGUUCUACAAUUAAGAGUAACUUUAUUCAUGUGCAGAAUAAAAAGGUUGCAUUGCCGAUUGUUGCUGUUCGUGUACGUGGUAAUGAUCAACAAACAUUUGUAGACACCUAUGCCUUGGUUGAUCCCGGUGGCACUGCCAGUUACUGUACUGAUGAGUUAGCCAAGACACUUAGUAAGCAAAGUAAGCUCUUAAUAAACACCGAAUCUGUAAACCUUAACCUGUCUAACUUGCAAGAUACAUACCAUACAUUUAUGCCACAGGUUACUAUAAGGCCAUCUUUGAACUUGGAUGCUGAAAAUUUAGCUUGUAGAGAAGAGCUAUCAAGGUGGCCGCAUCUGAAUGAUAUAGAGCUACCAGUCCUCAAUAAUUCGAAGGUUCAACUUCUCAUUAGACAAGAUAUGCCUGACUUGCUCUGUCCACAUGAAGUACGCAGAGGGAAUCCAGGUGAACCGUUUGGAGUAUGGACAGUUCUGGGCUGGGCCAUAAACGGUCCUAUUGGUGGAUGGAACUGCCAAUCCCAGUCAAGUCACUAUGUACAAAGUAAAACAAAUUUUGAUAAUUUGUGGUGGUCUGAAAGUACCGAGGAAACUGUGAUGUCCUUCAGUGACCGAAGGGUCAUAUCUAAAUGGAACGACUCCACUGUGUUAGAAAAGGAUGGACAUUACACAAUGAAUAUUCCAUUCAAAAACAACCCACCAAACUUGCCUGAUAACCGACAGAUCGUAAAUCAUAGACUGCACCUACUGGGUAAACACAUGACUAAAGAUGCUGCACUCAAAGAGAGAUACACAGCAGAAGUGCACAAAUUACUUGAUGCAGGCUAUGCCGAAUUAGUACCUGACAAUUAG